AUGAGUUCCUAUUUUGUCAACUCAACUUUUCCCGUGUCUCUACCGGGAGGACAGGACUCUCUCCUGGGUCAGAUACCGUUAUAUUCGUCGGGAUACACCGAUCCGUUAAGACACUAUGGAGCAGCCAACAUGCAGGAGAAGGUUUACCCGGCGUCUUACUACCAGCAGACGGGCAUCUACGGGCGGACCACCGGGGGAGCGCCGUGCGACUACAACCCGGUGGGGGCUUUCUACAAGGACGCGGAGGGCUCGUGCGCUUUCACUAGCCGCGAGGACCAGCCGCUGUUUGUCACUCAGGAUCACCAGCAGCGUAAAGCGGAGUGCACGGAGCAGAGUGUCAGCAUGAGCAGCAGCAGCCUCGACGACAAAUCUUCCACUCUCAUCUACCCGUGGAUGCAGAGGAUGAAUGCGUGCUCCGCCGGCCCGUUUGGAGGCAGUGGCCGCAGGGGCCGACAGACCUACACCCGCUACCAGACUCUGGAGCUGGAGAAGGAGUUCCACUUUAACCGAUACCUGACCAGGAGGCGCCGGAUAGAGAUCUCUCACGCCCUUUGCCUGACCGAGAGACAGAUCAAAAUCUGGUUUCAGAACCGCAGGAUGAAGUGGAAAAAGGAGAACAAACUCCUCAAUCCGUCAAAAACACCCGAAGAAGAAGAAGAGGAACAAACGGAGAAGAAGAGCUAA